UGGCGGUUACUCGGCUGUGUUCGUGAGUUGUGCAUUCGCAAUCUCUUUGCAAGUUCUUUUUUCUUUUGUCGUGGAACGAGAUGGGGGAGACAGAGAUGGGAAAGAAGGAUGAAGUUAUGGAAGCUCUCAAGAACGAAGCUGUGGAUUUGGAGAACAUACCGAUGGAGGAGGUUCUCCAGAAUCUGAGAUGUACCAGAGAUGGACUCUCAACGGAGGCCGUUGAGCAGAGACUGAUCAUAUUUGGGCACAACAAGCUUGAGGAAAAGGAGGAGAGUAAGAUUUUUAAGUUCCUGGGGUUUAUGUGGAACCCUCUGUCGUGGGUCAUGGAAGCUGCCGCUAUUAUGGCCAUUGCACUCGCUAAUGGAGGAGGGAAACCGCCUGAUUGGCAAGAUUUUGUUGGAAUCAUCACCCUGCUCGUUAUCAAUUCUACCAUAAGUUUUAUUGAAGAGAACAAUGCUGGUAAUGCUGCCGCAGCUCUCAUGGCCCGUCUUGCACCUAAAGCAAAAGUUCUUCGAGAUGGGAAAUGGAGUGAGGAAGAAGCAGCUGUCCUCGUUCCUGGUGACAUAAUUAGUAUCAAACUUGGGGAUAUAAUUCCAGCUGAUGCUCGUCUCCUAGAGGGUGACCCGUUAAAAAUAGACCAGUCUGCACUGACUGGUGAGUCCCUUCCUGUGACGAAAGUACCUGGGGAUGGGGUUUAUUCAGGUUCCACUUGCAAGCAAGGUGAAAUAGAAGCAGUAGUCAUUGCCACUGGUGUCCACACCUUCUUUGGCAAGGCUGCUCACCUCGUGGACUCUACAAAUCAAGUGGGCCAUUUUCAGAAGGUCUUGACUGCCAUUGGAAAUUUCUGCAUAUGUUCUAUUGCUGUGGGGAUGGUAAUAGAAAUUAUUGUGAUGUACCCAAUUCAACAUCGGCCCUACCGUCCAGGAAUUGAUAACUUGCUUGUCCUUCUUAUUGGAGGAAUUCCUAUUGCCAUGCCGACAGUUUUAUCCGUUACAAUGGCAAUAGGCUCCCACCGUUUAUCCCAGCAGGGAGCCAUCACAAAAAGAAUGACAGCAAUUGAAGAAAUGGCGGGCAUGGAUGUGCUUUGCAGUGAUAAAACUGGAACUCUGACAUUGAACAAGCUGACUGUUGAUAAAAAUCUUAUUGAGGUGUUUGCUAAAGGAGUAGACGUAGAUACUGUGGUUUUGAUGGCUGCUCGAGCUUCUAGAGUGGAGAACCAAGAUGCAAUAGAUGCUGCUAUAGUGGGGAUGUUGGCUGAUCCAAAAGAGGCACGGGCCGGCAUUCAAGAGGUUCACUUCCUCCCAUUUAACCCCACUGAUAAGCGAACAGCUUUGACCUACAUUGACAGUCAAGGUGAAAUGCACAGAGUCAGUAAAGGUGCACCCGAGCAGAUACUGCACCUUGCACACAAUAAAUCCGAAAUUGAGCGUAAAGUUCACUCUGUAAUUGAUAAAUUUGCCGAGCGAGGGCUACGCUCUCUUGCAGUAUGUUACCAGGAAGUUCCUGAUGGAAGGAAGGAGAGCACAGGUGGUCCUUGGCAAUUCAUUGGCCUUAUGCCCCUUUUUGACCCUCCUCGACAUGACAGUGCAGAGACAAUAACUAGGGCUUUGAACCUGGGGGUAAAUGUUAAGAUGAUCACUGGUGAUCAACUGGCAAUAGCAAAGGAAACAGGAAGACGUUUGGGUAUGGGGACCAACAUGUAUCCAUCAUCUGCCUUGUUAGGACAGAAUAAGGAUGAGUCAAUUGCAGCUUUGCCAGUUGAUGAGCUGAUUGAGAAGGCCGAUGGGUUUGCUGGUGUUUUUCCUGAGCACAAAUAUGAGAUUGUAAAACGCCUGCAAUCCCGAAAACAUAUAUGUGGGAUGACUGGUGAUGGAGUUAAUGAUGCUCCUGCUCUGAAGAAGGCUGACAUUGGCAUAGCUGUUGCUGAUGCAACUGAUGCUGCUCGUAGUGCUUCUGACAUAGUCCUGACAGAACCUGGCCUUAGUGUUAUCAUCAGUGCUGUACUAACUAGUCGGGCAAUUUUCCAGAGGAUGAAAAAUUACACAAUAUAUGCAGUCUCUAUUACUAUCCGAAUUGUGCUUGGUUUUAUGUUACUUGCCCUCAUAUGGAAGUUUGAUUUUCCGCCCUUCAUGGUGCUGAUCAUUGCCAUUCUCAAUGAUGGUACAAUAAUGACAAUAUCAAAGGAUAGGGUGAAACCAUCUCCUCAACCAGAUAGCUGGAAGCUGGCAGAGAUUUUUACAACUGGAAUCAUUCUCGGUGGUUAUUUGGCCAUGAUGACUGUCAUUUUCUUCUGGGCAGCAUACAAGACAGAUUUUUUUCCGCGAAUAUUUGGGGUUUCGACUUUGGAAGAAACAGCGCAGGAUGAUUUUAGGAAGCUUGCAUCAGCAGUGUACCUGCAAGUGAGCAUCAUCAGCCAGGCUCUAAUAUUUGUGACACGUUCUAGGAGUUGGUCUUUCCUUGAACGGCCUGGCCUUCUGCUUGUGGUGGCUUUUGUUGUUGCUCAGUUGAUUGCUACACUAAUUGCAGUUUACGCAAACUGGAGUUUUGCUGCUAUUGAAGGGAUCGGAUGGGGUUGGGCUGGGGUCAUUUGGCUUUAUAACAUAAUAUUCUACAUUCCACUUGAUUUUAUAAAGUUCAUUAUCAGAUAUGCAUUGAGUGGAAAAGCUUGGGAUCUGGUUAUCGAGCAAAGGAUUGCUUUCACCAGGAAAAAGGAUUUUGGGAAGGAAGAACGAGAGCUUAAAUGGGCACAAGCACAGAGAACUCUCCAUGGGCUGCAACCUCCUGAGACCAAGACAAAGUUUGCUGAUCGCAGCACUUUCACAGAACUCAAUCAGAUGGCUGAAGAGGCAAAAAGAAGGGCUGAGAUUGCAAGGUUGAGGGAACUGCAUACACUGAAAGGCCACGUUGAGUCAGUUGUGAAGAUGAAGGGCCUGGACAUUGCUUCAUUUCACCAAGCAUACACAUUUUAAGGGGGGUUUAACACAUUUUAUUUAUGGUAUAUACCUUGCGGGCGCCUCAGCCAAAGGUCCUUCAGCUUGAGAUCCAAUGGACAUUAUCAGCUUUUUAACAGCAUUUGGUCCAAUUGAUUGAAACUUAAAGCUGUUAAAAAGUAUAUUUGGGUGGUUCUUAAUGUGAGUGUGGUGUAAGGUGCAGCUUUGUCCAUAUGUCUGGACCAUAAAUAUAUUGAUUGUAUGCUUCGGUUAUGUAUAUAUAAUAAAAUGCAGGAGAUGCAAUCAGUAGUCUUGGCA